AUGGAAGGAAAGGGAAAGGAGAAAGCCAUCGGCAUUGAUCUGGGAACAACUUAUAGCUGUGUGGAAGUAUGGCAGAAUGACAGAGUUGAAAUCAUUGUUAAUGACCAAGGAAAUAGAACUACUCCUUCUAUGGUUGCUUUCACAGCCGAAGAGAGACUUGUCGGAGACGCUGCCAAGUUCCAAAUUUUUUCUAAUCCUCUUAAUACCAUCUUCGAUGUGAAAAGACUUAUUGGAAGGCGAUUUACUGAUUCCUCUGUGCAGGCCGACAUGAAACUGUGGCCUUUCAGAGUUGUUUCACAGAAAAAUGGCAAGCCGACGGUUGAAGUGAGUUACAAGGGUGAGAAGAAGUUAUUUGCAACAGAGGAAAUCUCAUCCAUGGUCUUAAUGAAAAUGAAAACUAUAGCUGAACAGUAUCUACAAAGUGAGGUGAAAAAUGCAGUAAUUACUGUGCCUGCCUACUUCAGUGACUCCCAGAGGAAGAUGACUAAAGACGCUGGCCGAAUUGCCGGUCUAAAUGUAAUGCGGAUCAUCAAUGAGCCGACCGCUGCAGCCAUGACUUACGGCUUUGGCAGAUCUCAGGAAGAGAAGAAACAUAUUCUGGUGUUUGACCUUGGUGGAGGUACCUUCGAUGUUUCUAUUGUUGUAGUUCAGAAAGGCAAAUUUGAGGUGAAAGCAGUUGGAGGAGAGGCGCAUUUGGGAGGUGAAGAUUUUGACAAUAGCAUGCUCGCUUACUGUGCCCAACAUUUCAACAAGUUGUACAAAACAAAUUUUUUUGUGAAUUCCAAAGCUCUUCGUCGACUGCGUUCAGAGUGUGAAAGGGCAAAGAGAAGUUUGUCUUCAGUGGUAGAGACUAUCAGAAGAGCAAAGUUUGAAGAGCUCAACUUUGACUUAUUUGAGAAGUGCAUGGAAGUUGUGAAGAGAUGCGUGGAAGAUGCCAAGUUGAGUAAGAGCCAAAUCGACGAUAUUGUAUUAGUAGGGGGUUCCUCACGAAUACCAAAGGUACAGGAAAUGGUAAGAAAUUUCUUCGAUGGGAAGGAGCUGUGCAGAGCUGUAAAUCCGGACGAAGCAGUAGCCUAUGGUGCUGCACUUCAGGCAGCUGUUCUCAACAAGGAAGACAUUCACAUUGUCAUGGUGGAUGUCACGCCUUUGAGUCUUGGAAUUGAACUAGUUGGUGAUGUGAUGAAGGUAGUUGUUCCGCGAAAUACUUCGCUUCCCACUCGGAAGGAGACAUCCGUCACUACAGCAUAUGACGAUCAGACAGCUGUAGACUUUGGAGUUUUCGAAGGUGAAAGACCUUUGGUUGCAUUCAACAAUCUUCUAGGGAAAUUUGUAUUGAGGGGGAUUCCGGCUUCCCCGGCUUACGCUCCAAGUAUUAAAGUCUGCUUUGAAGUGGACAUUGAUGGAAUUCUGAACGUUCCAGUCCACGACAAGGGAAGUGGAGCAAGCAAUGAGAUUACCAUCACUAAUGAAGGUGGGAGACUGAGCAUUCAAGAGAUUGAUAAAAUGAUAUUGGACGCAGAAAAAUUCCACAGGGAGGACGAAGAAGCGAUGGAAAAGCAUGUUGCCAAAAACGCCCUUGAAUGUUACGUGUCGAACAUGAAAAAGAGGGCGAUGAAAGCAAAGAGUGAAGGCUCUAUGGAUGCUGAUGUUCCAGAAGAUCUUAUAUCAACUAUCACUGCAGUUGCAGAAUGGUUAAAUGACAUCGACAAUGUGACAGUGGUUGAACUGCAAGACAAAUUGAAAGAAUUGGAAAUGAAAUGCCUGCGUUUGUUUUCCUGCAAGCGGUUUAAGUUUAUUAAAUCAGAGGAAUGA